AUGGUCGGUGCAGAACUUUUACAUAAAAUUGAUAAUCGUUUAAAACAAAUAACAGGAAAAAACACAGAUUUCGGAAGUAUAGAUGUUAUUUUGAUCGGAGAUUUACGUCAAUUGCCACCAGUAAGACCGACACCAAUUUACAAGAAAAUCAGAACGAGCAUGAUUGGACCGCAUUUAUGGCGAAAAUUGAAAUUUUAUCAACUUACCACAGUAAUGAGACAAGCUAAUGUUGCAUUUUCACAAAUUUUGACAGAAAUAGGUAAUGGAGAUGUAGUAGAUGAGCAUGAGUUUCAACUUAUUGAAUCGAGAUUUUUCAAAAAAAGAGGAUGUUGCUACAUUAUGUCCUGA